AUGACGAUGCGCAUACCGUUACCCAACAGCAUCGCGUCAUGUCGGCCGACGCGCCGCAUGGUGCGGGCCAUCGUCACAUGGAUCCUGCUGACGGGUGUGUCCGUCUUCAUCCUCAUCAGCGGCUACCUCUUCCACGACGACAUCCACUCCAAGAGCACCCGCUACCUCAACGGCGGCGCCGCCGACUACUUCAAGGUUCCCUACAACUACAGCGCCGCCGCCGACUACCACGUCAUCGACUGGCUGAUCCACGAGGCCCGCGCCAACCACGAGCGCCUGCUUCACAAGCGCGCCCUCACCCUCGCCGUCGCCGCCAAGCGCUACCGCGAACGCCGCGGCAGGCAUCCCCCGCCGGGCUUCGACCGCUGGUUCCAGCACGCCCUCCAGGACGACUCGAUCAUUAUUGAGGACUUCUAUGACCGCGUCUACCACGACCUGACGCCCUUCUGGGCCGUCGAUGCCAACCUCCUCGCCGAGCAGGCGAGCUACCGCUACGAUGUCAUCAGGAUACGCGGCGGCGUCAUGGUCGCCGUCGAGACCGAGGACAACGACCCCGUCGCCACGCCGCUGUGGGCCGAGCUCAUCGGCGAGGUCGCCGCCUACCUGCCCGACAUGGACAUACCCCUCAACGAGAUGAACGAGCCCCGCGUCCUGGUGCCCUUUGAGAAGAUGGCCGAGUACGUCGCCAAGGAGCGCGCCACCCGCGCUCUCGUGGGCAAGGACCUCGUCUCCGCCGACUACGUCGGUCUCGCCGCCGUCGAUUCGGCCCGCGACGAGAGCCCGAUCCUGGCCGUCAAAUGGCUUGGCGAGGCCGAUGCCCGCUACUGGGACCUCGUCCGCGCCGCCUGCGAGCCCGGCACCCCCUCGCGCGACGUGCCCGCCCUGACCAACCUGACCGCGUCGUCGCCCCCGCCCACGCUGCCGUACGAAUGGAUCGCGCCCUUCACGCAGCAGGGCUACGUCGAGAACUUUACGCGCGCCGCCGACCUCUGCCUCCAGCCUCACCUGCGCGCCUUGCACAGUGACUUUGUCGAGCCCUUUGACGUCAAGACGACGCGCGAUCUCAUCCCCAUCUUCACCGGCGGCAAGCUCGGCGUCAACAACGACAUUUUGCUGCCGAGCACUGCCUACCUCGAGGGCGAAAACACGAACCGCAUCGCCCACCUGCUGGGCCCGCUGUGGAAGGACAAGAAGGACCAGCUCGUCUUCCGCGGCAUCGCCUCGGGCGGCCGCACCGACGACAGUCCCUGGCGCCACUUUCACCGCCAUCGCCUCGUCGAGAUGCUCAACGGCACCGCCGUGCACCGCAUGGAGCUCGACGCCGCUGCCCACGGCAACACGUUUGACUUUCCGCCGCCCGCGUACUACGGCACGGAGCGCCGCCGCCUGCAAAAGGUCGGCGCCUGGCUGUCCAAGUUCGCCUCGGCUGGCUUCACCAUGUUCGCCUGCGGCGACGAGGCCACGCUGCAGGAGGCGCCGUGCCCUGCCCUGGCCCCCCACGUCCGCAGCACGCCCGCGCCCCGCAAGGGCAAGGCUGCCGACUUUGUGGCCAAGUACAUACCGCUCGUCGACCGCGAGCGCGGUGAGGGCGGCGUCGCCGGCCGCUUCCGCCACACGCUGCUGAGCACGAGUGUGCCCCUCAAGGCGACCGUCUACGCCGAAUGGCACGAUGACCGCCUCGUGCCGUGGCUGCACUUUGUGCCGCUCGACAACACGUUCCGCGACCUGUACAACGUGCUCGACUACUUCACCGACGGCGACGCCGAGCGCGACGACCGUGACGCCGGCGUCUGGGGCCGUGUCGGCAUUGGUCGCAUCAAGCGCGGCGACAAGGCCGCGCGUUGGAUCGCCGAGUCGGGCCGCGCCUGGGCGUCGCGCGUUCUGCGGUGGGAAGACAUGCGCCUCUAUGUGUGGCGGCUGCUGCUCGAGUGGGCGCGCGUCUGUGACGAGAACCGGGAGAAACUGGGUUUCGUCGGUGACCUGCUGUAA